GACAACUCUCACAGUCAGACGUGUCUUACUCACAAAAAACUUUUAACCGUCGCGCUCAGUCGCGUGGAUUGCGCGGCCGUGGAGUAAUAUGUUCGUAUAAACAAUGAUUAAAUUAAAAAUGAUGUUCAGAAUCUUCAAACUUUUGUUUUACGUUUAUAUUCUCGUUUAUUUUUACGUGAAGGGCCAAGUGAAUUCAGAAAGGGCACUCGCUCUAAAAGGACCCAACCCGCACGCCGCAGUUACUCUUGGUCUCAUUUUCGAGAAGGAUUCCGAUGAAGUGCAGCACGCAUUCAAGACGGCCAUGAUGAUGUACAAUUCCAACAAGGCACCGAUGGAAUUCCAGCUGUACAUCGACGUCAUUAACACAGCUGAUGUGUACAAGCUUUCGCGGCUCAUUUGCAACCAGUACACCCGCGGUGCUGUCGCCAUGCUCGGCUCCGUGCCAUCGGACUCCUUCGACACCCUCCACUCGUAUGCUAAUACGUUCCAAAUGCCGUUCAUCACACCCUGGUUCCCUGAGAAGGUAAUCCCUUCAAUAUCAGGGACCGACUACGCACUGAGUCUUCGGCCUGACUACCACCGCGCCAUUAUGGACACGAUUCGUCACUAUGGCUGGUCUAGCAUCAUUUACAUCUACGAUUCGCAUGAUGGUCUCUUACGCCUCCAGAGUAUGUACGAGAGCAUGAAGCCCGGUGAAAGCCCCUUUCGCAUAUCCCAGGUGAAACGUGUCUCCAAGUCCAAUGACGUCAUCGAAUUUCUCUCCGAGGUGGAAGCGGUCGACCGCUGGAGCAACAAAUAUGUGGUGCUAGAUUCGUCCACUGAUGUUGCUAAGGAAACGGUUAUAAAUCACGCACGCAGUCUCAAACUGGGGAGGCGCACCUACCAUUACUUGCUUAGUGGUUUUGUGAUGGAUGACCAUUGGAGUGAAACUGUUCACGAAUUCGGCACGCUGAAUAUAACCGGAUUUCGUGUGUUGGACUACUCGAGCAAGAAAGUUAAAGACUUUUUGGAGAGCUGGAAGAAGGGCUCGCAUAUUUCUGCAAAAGCCGCAUUGAUGUUUGACUCCGUCAACUUAAUCAUCGAGGCUAUACUGCGUCUUCUCCGCAAGAAGCCAGAGUUCCUGCGCGCUGCAGCCCGCAGAAGCCUGCCGCCUAACAGCACCAAGGUUUCCGAUUGCAACAUAGAAGAGAAAGGCAUCACACCCUUCGAAUAUGGCGAGAAAUUGGCAAAGAUGAUACGGAAGACGGAGAUAGAUGGUCUUACGGGUUUCAUCAAGUUCGACGAGGAGGGCCGGCGACGCAACUUUACACUACGCGUGGUUCAAAUGACCACGGGAUCCAAGCUAGAGACGGUCGGCACCUGGUACGACGAUAAAGGGCUCUCCACACUCAACCCGCUGCGUUGGAUGCCGUCAUACCAGAAUAAUAAGACUUACAUUAUAACAACGAUAGACGAAGAUCCGUAUGUCAUACCAAUCGUCGACUACACCUCCACCAAGUCGAAGUUCAAAGGAUUUUGCGUUGACCUCGCUAAAUUGAUCAUGGAAAAACUGGAAUUGAAAUAUGAAAUGAGGUUAGUCAAGGAUGGAAAAUACGGCCAAGAAAAUCCCGCAGUUCCCGGAGGUUGGGACGGCAUCAUCGGAGAAUUGGUUCGAAAGGAAGCGGAUUUGUCCAUAUCAUCGCUCACCGUUACAGUCGACAGAGAAGAGGCGGUGGAUUUCAGUAAAACCUUCCUAUCGUUCGACACAGUACCGAAAGAUGUACCUUCCCCAACUGACACGAUAUUUACCUUCCUACUGCCGCUGUCUAAGGAAGUAUGGUUAGCCGUGUUAGGAAGCCUCUUGGCUGUUAGCUUCUGCUUGUACCUCGUCUCAAAAUACUCGCCAGAUGAAUAUCAGCUGCAUUUGAAAACAAAUAGACGCUCCCGAAAUGCUCGGAACAAACCGCAGGCUACGUUUCAGAAUACGUUUACGCUAUGGAAUGCCGUUUGGUUUGCUCUGGGUUCAUUUAUGCAACAAUCGAGCGGUUACACUCCGAGGUCCUUAUCUGGGAGAAUUAUAAGCGGUGUGUGGUGGUUCGUUACGCUGUUCAUCAUUGUCAUCUAUACAGCUAAUAUGGCGACACAUCUGACCCUCGCUCAGCUCCAACCCCCCUUGAACCCAAUACACAGAGUCACGAAAUGCCCUGCUGAAAACACCAAACCAUGCGAAAUGCUGAUCUCCGUAAUGGAGUCGGGGCUCCAAGAUUUUGCGGUCGCCUUCCCGAAAGGAUCCCCGUUACGGGAUGGCGUGAACAUGGCGCUUCAAACUCUUAGGAAUGAGGGUGAAUUGUACCGCCUAAUUCGCAAAUGGUUUAUACCCCUGACGUGCAACGGAAAGAACCAUGGCAAGGAGCUGACACUGAGUCAAAUAGCUGGGCUAUUUUAUAUUCUGCUCGCGGGCUUAGGCUUGGGAUUGAUCACCUCGUUCAUCGAGUAUCUCGUGCACCGCCGGUGCGCCCGGGAGACUCCCCCAGAGAGCUCUCCGCCUGGGACUCCAAUCCGCACUCCUACUAGCCCAACCUUGCGCAAUAUAAAAUCUACACCGCACAGGACACUUCGCGAACGGGAACCAAUUGAUUGGAACGCUGUUAAUUACACUGGGUAUGGAUCCCCGACCCACCAGCCUGUCCAGGAGGAGACGGUUAUGCAUGGCACGUUCAGGCAAGUCUGAUGUUCACCCAGGGAUGCCGGCCGUGCGCGUCGAGCGUCCCAGCGUCGCCGUCUGUCCGACUCCAUCGAGUUGUACCAGCUGUAAGACGCGACCAAUGCUAAUAUCCGCCGCGGAUCAGCGUUUUGCUCGAUGUUCACUACAAAAGCAUUAACCUAUAAAAUAAUGUUUGUACACUACGUACCAACAAAAACGAGCAAUCGAUGCCGAUACGAUGGAUCCGCGCGGAAUCGACAGGAAUCAGCUUUUUAUACAUAAGCUUGCAUUUGGUUGCUGUUUCCAAAAGAUUAAAGUCGUCACCUUUCUAAAUCGACUGUUAUUUAGUUACUGAUUGGAGGAAAUGGAAUUAUUAUACGUUAUGCACAUUCAAGGCGCGCUGAAGUUAAUUUAGGUUUGAUUUCCGAAGGGUGUUAAUUUUAAUUUUAUUUCUCUGUAUUAUCGUUUUUUGUAUUGUUAAUUUGCUGAGCAUUUCAGGAGCUUGGAUAUUGAGGAUAACUGUAGAGUUCUCUUACACAUUUGUAACUUUUCUCAGUGGAAUCAAAGAAACGACUAGAUAUCGCUCAAUGGUACCAUGAUAAACUGAUAUAUAACACUGUUCUAUAACCACAUUAGGUGUCCUCUCUCUUUAAAUCGGAUCUCAUCGAGUAGAUGAGUAUCAGGGUCUCUUAAGAUAAAUGUUUAGUAAUAUCCUUCAAUUAGAUAUAGUAACGUAAUAUUUAUAGUACGCGUUACUCUCCCAUAGUUAGGAAAUAAUAGUCGAUAAGGUUAAUGUAUUGUUUAAUUUUAUUUCUUUUUAAGAUAAAGCUCCAUGUGCGGCACAGAUAUAUUAUUUUGUUUCAAGUUUCUAUUGAUCUCAUUUCGGUAAAUGAUUUCUUUUGCUGAAACAAUUUUCGAUUUAUUUUUUUAUAUUUUAAGCUAUUUUAUGCUACAAUGUGAUUUGUAGUUAUAUAUUAUUCUCCUAUUAUGAUUAUUAGGUUAAAUAGUUGUAAAGCAAUGAUUAUUAAUUGAUCAAUCAUACAUAAUCCAAUAUCAAUUUAGUGUGUAUGUUUUCCUAUCUAAUAACUAUUGUAUGUUUAUUUAAAGACCUGUCCUUGAGUGAUUCAAAUAUUUUUACAUUAUUUCUUAUGGUACCUUUAAGUAUCCUGUGAUCGUUACUUUAUUCUUUAUAAGGGCUCCUGUAACUGAUUCGAAACAGCGGUUUUUUAACUAAAUUGAUAGUGUUCACACGAGCCUUUUUGAAAUAAAAAAUUUUCUACGUAAGAUAUAAUGUAAUGCCUAAGGCAAUUGAACAGAUCAUAUCAUGAAUUUAAGAACACUUGAUGAACUUUGAGGCUAUAAUUAUUUGAUUUGUUUUCGGAGAGCUUCCGUCCGGAAUAAUUAUUUGGUAGAAUUUAUUUGAUUGUCGAUGCAAUUUUCAGAACGUUAAAUAUUUGAUUGUUUAACAAUGAUUACAACUGAGCAUCUGACUUGUGCUACAGUUAACGUGUAAUUUUUAAAAGACGAAGAUCAGAAAAUCGUGGAAAGUGCCAAAUUACUGAUAAGUUAGAAGUGGUUAUGAAUUAAGAGAGGAUUGUUACUAAUAAAUUUAAAAUGGAUGUACGGUCAUGUCCGUCCAUCUGUGAAAGGCUGAAUAUAAUGACCAGGGGAGGUAAUAAAAAAAUGUCUUGAUCUCAAAUUGUAUUUUUUACAUUAUAGUUUUAAACACGCUCAUAAUUUUAACAUUUUAAAAAGCAUUGUUCUUUGUUUGUAAAUAAAUCCUCACCCUGGGAGGUUGGCCUGUGUGAGUAAGUAAUUUGAUUACAAUUUUGAAAAUUGGUGAAGGGUUGCGAAGAGGAAUAAGUCAUAAUUAUGAAUGAAAGGUCUACAGUGGGCCUAACAAAAAAAAAACAUAAAAGAAAGCUCUUUUCAUUCAAAGUCUAAAUGCAAGCCCCAUUACGCCUAAGUUUUUGUCACAUAUCUUUGUAAGUUAUCUUUAAUAUCUACACAUUUAUGACUUAUAUCAAUGAUGUGGAAAGUACGGUCGGCGAUACCUAUUGUUAUUGAGUAUGACAAUAUUCCUGUCAACUAAAUUAAUUUGCGAAUUGAAUGAUUCGAAAACCUCCUAUGUUAUUGGUGACAUGAUUUCACAUAGUAUGUGAUUUUGUGAUGAAAAUUAUUAAUAUAUUAUUCAUACACAUUGACUGAUAUUUGUACCACAGGAAUAUCUUCAUACUUAACGUGUUUUUCCAUUAUCUAUACAUUAUUUCGUUUAUUACACAUAUGUAUUAUAAUAUAUUGAUUUCUGAGUGACUUGCAUAAUCGUUUUACAUCCUUAUACAUCUUACUCUGUUUUUACGUCACCUAUAUAAUUUUGUUACUACUUCAGAGAUCUUUUAUGUGUUUAACGCAAAUAGAAUUAAGAUACAUGUAUCCAAU